GAAAAUAUGUUUUGGCAACAAUAAUUUCUUGCCGAGGAAGAAUAAGAAUAUCCCCCCACACCAUUAAGAACAUCCACCAGUCUGCGAACAAAGAUAUUUACCAUUGCCCAUAUGGUUCAGUUUUUUUGCUACCACACCUCCGCUUUAUUAAAUCAAAUAUUUCUUAUGAAAGUUCCUUACAACGAACUAGUCCCCCAAGAAUAGCUACAAGAGAAACAUUUCUUCAUCAUCAACAACGCCCACUGAGUACAGCAAGUGAUACUAAUCUUCAUCAAGCAGAAGUACUUGAACAAAGAUUGCUAUCAAAUAUUAUGCCGGCGGGUCCAUCGCUUUCGUUCUCGUCUGCAGCCGAGCUGGCUCGGGCCGACGAGCUCUUGCGUGCCGCGAGCUACGUCGAUGGUGGCCACAGCUACAGCGCACGCGAUGUGAGCUUCUACAAAACUGCUGCGACGCAGGUCGCCAACUCAGAGGCGGAAGGCUUCAAAAAGGACUAUCCGUCAGUGGCCAGGUGGAUGCGCCAAAUGCGCUUCGUGGUCGAGGAGACCGGCUCCGAGGCUGCCGGAUUCGGAGCUGCGUUGCCCUCUAGCGGAGCGUUGACCCGAGUCAGUGAGCAGGCAUCGGGACAGUUCGCUGCUUCUUCUACCGCGAGCUCUGGCUCAAAGCCCAACAAGGCGGACCGCAAAAGCGCAGCUAUGGAGCGCAAGAGCGAGCAGCCGAAGGAGGCCGCGAAGCCGGCUUACGUGAAGGGCUCAACGGUGAGAUGACAUUCUAAUCACUUCUUAUUUUCGUCUGCUAGCAGACAAAAAGGAGUGAUAAUGAACAAUUGUAAACUGACGUAUAAUUUUUACCAGGACGAGUAGUUUCAUAUUGUUGCGACCCGAGUAAAUACAAAUAUUUUGUUGAAAAAGGUCAUCUUUGUUAAAUUACUGCAGCUAACUGCGAUGAAAUCAGAAGUUGUUCUGUCUGCUCAUUGCAACAGGUGAAAGAAGUCGACUGCAAGGUUGUGCCCAUGGAAAACAGGGAGAAAGCCCUCCCGGUGCAGCCUCCUAGGGGUGCGGGCGCGACGAACUUCCCUGGCGUUGGAAAGAAGGGAACACGUUACAUUACGACAGCUAUCCACUACACUAACGGAUGGCCGCACGUUGGCCAUGCCUACGAAACUAUCCAGGCGGACGUAAUAUUUAGAUCAUCAGCUUUUUAUACAGCAGCCAGUUUUCAUCUUCUAGGUUGUAUAGAUACUCAAUCGUCAUUUACUCUAUAAGUAGCGCGAAAUCUAUCCUAGUGAACUAUUUUAUGAUUAGGGCUGAACAUCUUGUUUCUAUUAUAAGCAGUAAAACACACAGCACAAACAUCUGAUAUUUAUUGACCCAUCGUAUUUCCACUCCAGAUCCUGGCUCGCUUCUUCCGGCUUGCUAGCUACGACACUUUCUUUCAAACGGGCACUGACGAACACGGUCAAAAGAUUGCCGAGGCAGCGGUAGCGCAAGGAAAGCCCACGCCCAGGGCUUUGUGCGACAUGUACGUCCAGGGAUUUCAGGGUCUGUUCGGGCGAACCGAGAUUUCCGAGGACCAAUUCAUCCGCACGUCGCAGCCAGAGCACUACAAAAUCGUUCAGGACCUCUGGAAAAAGGUGUCCGACAAAGGCGACAUCUACUUGGGCGAAUAUGAAGGCUGGUACAUGGUUCGCGAGGAGCGCUUUGUCACCGACAAGGAAGCUGAGGAAUGGAAAUACCUGGAUCCGAGCAACGGAAAGCCGUUGCAACGUACUUUUCGUUUUCUUUAUUUUGUGGUUGUUCUUUAUCCUUCGUUUAAGUGAUGUUGUCUUCUUGCUGGAUCUCAGAUAACUCAGGAAUCACAAUAGCCAAAGUUGUCAAUCUAUUCACGACUGCACAUGAUCUCACUUAAACUUAGGCAUGAAGGAGCCGAGUUAUUUCUUCCGACUGAGCAAAUACAAGGACUUCAUCGUCAAGCUUCUCACUGAGAAUGCGGAUUUCGUGAAGCCAGAGGAGUACCGAUUGUCCCUCAUUUCGAGGUUGAAGGACAUGGAAGAAUCAGGUGGACUCAGGGACUUGUCAAUCUCGCGUGCAACGUUUGAGUGGGGCGUUCCGGUACUUUUGCAAUCACGCUUUUUGUUUUAAUCUCCUCUAAUUAUAGCAUGAUGAGGUGUUGUGUAGUACUGCUAUGACACGUAGUCCAUCCUACGUAAAAUCAAUUUCUUUGAAUGGAGGUGUGAUACAACAUUAUUUAAUGUCAACAUCUGAAGAAAGCAAAUUAAUCCAAUCGGGAUGCCAAUCAAUGAAAGGCAAAUUAAUCUAAUCCAAUGCAAGGUCCCGGAGAAGGUCGGUCCCGAUGGGAAAAAGCACGUUAUGUACGUGUGGUUUGACGCAUUGACGAACUAUUUUUCGGGUGUUAACUUUGACCGGAAGAACGCGAAAUAUUGGCCAGCGAAUAUGCACGUUAUCGGCAAGGAUAUUGUGUGGUUUCACUGCGUGAUCUGGCCGGCUAUGCUUCAAUCAGCGGGUAUUCCGCUACCUCAGAGCGUGGUCGUACACGGUUUCAUCAACGACAAGGAAGGAACUAAGAUGAGCAAGUCGGAAGGUAACGUGGUCAACCCGCACGAUAUCUGUGACUGGUGUGCGCCAGACACCUUCCGGUGGUACCUCUGCCGCGGCACUGAAUUCGGCAAGGAUCUCUCUUUCUCAGUUUCCGACCUCAAGCUGAAGCACAAUGCUGGUAUUUACUUAACUAAAAAGUGUGCUGUUAUAACCAACGUGAUUAUUUUUCUUAAAGUUGGAUUGAAUUUUAGUUCUUAUGUUCAUCUCGGGUUGAUUAGUACAGUCAACAAUGCCCCCAUUCUGUCACUUCACAGAGCUGUGCGACAACCUUGGGAACCUGGUGAAUCGUGCUGUGAAUUUGUGUAAGGGCGCCGUCCCCGAGCUGAGUAGCGAUAAGUCCAUUGGUGUGCCGUUUAAUGUCGCAGACUUGCGGUCUAAGUUCUGCCGCGCCAUGGAGAACGCGAGAACGUGCGAAGGCGCGACGCUGGUCCGGGACGCGAGCGCCGCGACGAACAAGUGGUUGGCCGAUCUUGAGCCUUGGAAAUUGUCGAAAACGGAUCCCGCGAAAGCCGCUGGUAUCGUUCGUGUUUGCCUGGAAGCCGUCUUCGUGCUCGCGCACUUAUUCGCACCGUUCAUCCCGCGUGCGGCUGAGGCCAUCCUGCUGGAGAAAUUGAAGGCGGAUAAAAUCUUGCCGCUGGACGCCUUGCAGGAACUGGACAAGAAUCUGAAGGCGGGCGCUCCAGUUUCCAGUACUUCCGUGUUAUUCGCCACUUUCAGUCCGCAGGAGCUCGAGAUCGACACCCCAGUGAUGGUCCGACCGAGCGCCGAAGAGACGGCAAAAACCCCAGCUGCGGUGCCAGCGGAGAAGGAAGGAAAGCAACAGCAGAAAGGGAACGGAAAACAGCAGCAGAACAAGGGAGGAGGAAAACAAGGAGAACAGCAGGGUGGCGAAAAGAAGAAAAAGGAGAAGGCACCGAAAGCGCCAGCUCAACCGCCAGUACAACUAGAUAUGGAUCAGCCACUCUACAGUAGGUUGGACCUCAGGGUGGGAAAGAUCGUUCACGUAGAAAACCAUCCCGAUGCAGAACGUCUCUACGUCGAAAAAAUCGAUGUCGGUGAAGCCGAGCCUAGAACAAUUAUUUCAGGUACUUUCUUAUUUAGGUUAGGAGUACUGACUUAGAAAUGAUGUCAGCGUAUUGGGCGGUCUCGAUCAGAAAACUGAAGUACAAAUCACUAGUUUGUUGUUGAACUUGAGAGGGUGAAAUAAGCGGGAUGUUUUUUCUAUGGUUUGGUUUAAUUUCUUUCGCUACUGCACUUACCACAGUGACUUACCACAUCAGUAUAUAAAUCGAAAUUUAGAUCUCCCCUCAUGAUCCACUUGUACAACUACAACCAUGACCGACCACCCCAGGUUUGCGUGAGCACUAUACUUUGGAGGAAAUGCUUGGACGACAAAUAGUAACGAUAUGCAAUCUGGAAGCCGCGAAGAUGCGAGGAAUUACUUCUCAUGGUAUGGUUUUGUGCGCGAAGACAAGCGAGGGGAAGGUUCAAUUUGCCGGCUUGCCCGAUGGGUGUAAACCAGGCGACCACAUUCUUGUGGAAGGAGAGACACUGCGUAAGCCGUGGACCGGAAAGGAGGUGAAAAAACACAACGUUUGGAUGGAUGCGGCCAAAUUGAUGCAAACGGAUGACGCCGGCAUUCCGUGCUUCGACAAGAAACCACUCACCGUCAAUGGCGCCCGUCUCCAUAGCGAUUUCAAAAACGCGAUCCUGUCAUAAAAGAAUGCGACUAGACUUUGAUUCAAUGUUGAGGCGAACAGAGUUGCAUUUAGCACAUCCUCAAAGUACUUAGAAGUACAUGCUUCGAGUAACAGUAAGCCUCCGUAUGACCACAACUAAGUGAAUGAUGAAUACAUUCUCAUGGAUUGAUGACCGAAAUUGAGACGCAAAUACAAAUUUGAGUACUUAGUCCUAGUUGUCCUAUUGAUUCUAGGACAUCUUCUAGGCUAUUGUGGAAAAUGUGUGAUAGCAAUUAUGCGCAACAUUCUUGUUUCACAGCGAUCGUGUUUCACAACGAACUUUUGUUAAAACGAACCAACAUGAUUGAAGGCUUGAAGAUUUGUGUAAGCCUUACAGGAACCUCACCUGUGAUACAAUAUGGUCUCGCGUUCGACCCAACGAUGAACCAUGUCUAGAUUAGUUCAGUUAGGUCCUCAAAACAACUACGAGUUUUAAGAUCUGAAACUCAGAUCUAAAUUGUGGAAUCUGGAUCCGGUUGCUUAAUUGGCACAAAUAAUAUGCCUAAAACGAUCUUGCACUCCAUCAGGAGCACCUAGCAACUUUCUGCCCCACAUUUUC